AUACGAUUUCUGACGUUCGACCAACACGUGGUUACAGUAACAGCGAUUCCCCGAAUUUAAUAAAACGGAAGAUAAUUUGAAUAAUAUUCGUAUCUUCUGUGAUUCGCAUUGCGCCGAUGGUACGAUCGAGGACGACUACGUCAGUUCAAGUCGAUCAAACUUAACCUGUGCGAUAAAUCUAAUUUUUGUUUAUCGAGGAAUAAAUUAAUUAAAUGGUCACAGGUGGAAUGGGAGAAAGGGAUUGGCGUCCUUUUGUAUAUGGAGGUCUUGCUAGUUGUGUUGCAGAAUUUGGAACAUUUCCAAUAGACGUAACUAAAACCCGUCUUCAAGUGCAGGGGCAAAUUUUGGACAAGCAGCAUGCUAAACUAAAGUAUAAUGGAAUGAUUGAUUGCUUUCUUAAGAUUGCUAAACAAGAAGGUUUUGCCUCAUUGUAUUCAGGAAUCUGGCCAGCAGUAUUAAGACAAGCCACCUACGGUACAAUCAAGUUCGGUACUUAUUAUUCGUUGAAAAGUAUUAUUUUGGAGCACAAAAAUGGAAAGGAGAGCGUGACGGUGAACAUUGUUUGCGCGGUGAUCGCGGGCGCAGUGUCCAGCGCCAUCGCCAACCCCACAGACGUUCUAAAAGUGCGCAUGCAGGUGCAGGGCGCCAGCGCGAACAUUGGUCUUGUCGAUUGUUUUAAAGACGUCUACACUCAUGAGGGAAUCUCGGGCCUUUGGAGGGGUGUUAAUCCAACUGCCCAAAGAGCAGCAGUGAUUGCUGCAGUGGAACUUCCAGUAUAUGAUUUUUGCAAGGGUCGUUUGUUAAGUAUCCUUGGUGACAAUCCAUCUAAUCACUUUUUAUCUAGUCUUUGUGCGAGUUUCGGUAGUGCAGUAGCUUCAACACCAAUUGAUGUUGUGAGGACGCGUUUGAUGAAUCAACGCAAACUAAAGAAAUGCGGAGGAUUGAAUAAUCAAACUCACAUCUACACAGGAACAGCUGACUGUUUUAUACAGACAUUUAGAAACGAAGGUUUCUGGGCAUUUUAUAGAGGUUUUAUACCCACCUGGUUCCGAAUGGGACCAUGGAAUAUUAUUUUCUUUGUUACCUAUGAACAAUUGAAACACUUUUAUUAA